UGGCGAGUGAGCAGAACGCUGCAGUGACUGGCAUGGCUGAUGGCCAGGAGGAUGUUACAGCGACCAUCACAGACCCCAAUGGCAAGAGGAAAUCAAGUCUACACCUAGACAAUCUUCACAGCAGUUUAAAUCUAGGCGAAAGACAGUGCGUUGUGUGGAUCAACAUUCUACAGUGGAUCUGCCUGCAGAAUCAUCUGACAGUGAUGACAAGUCAGAAGGACUUAUCUACAUGAUUCAUCAAGUUGGAAAAAACAAGCAAGAAGAAAGGAUUUUUCUCGAAAUCAAAAGAUAAAGAGAAACCGGAGAAACUCAAGUUAGUGAGUCCUUUCACCAUGUUCCGAUACGCUGGAGGCGUGGACAUACUGCUUAUGCUGAUUGGGACAGUGGCAGCAAUAGCGCACGGAGCAGGUGUCCCGCUCAUGAUGCUGUUGUUUGGCGAAAUGACGGACAGCUUUGUUGAGUCUGAGAAAAAUGACACACUGGAACGUACAACAAAUACAUCCUUAGAUCUAGAGGAACAAAUGACCAUGUAUGCCUAUUAUUACGCGGGUCUAGGAUUUGGAGUGCUUCUUGCUGCUUAUAUAGAGAUUGCAUGUUGGACACUGGCAGGUGGCCGGCAGAUAAAGAAAAUAAGAAAUCAUUUUUUCCAUGCGAUGCUGAGGCAGGAAAUCGGCUGGUAUGAUGUCAAUGAUGCCGGAGAGCUGAACACAAGGCUGACAGGCGAUGUGCAAAAAAUUAAUGAAGGAAUUGGCUCAAAACUUGCCCUGUUGAUUCAGUCAUUAUCUACUUUCAUGACCGGCCUUAUUAUUGGCUUCGCUAAAGGUUGGAAGUUGACGUUGGUUAUUUUGUCAAUUAGUCCACUCAUGGUGCUGUCGACUGCUCUUUGGUCGAAGAUAUUGUCAGUGUUUACUAACAUGGAGAUGAAAGCUUACGCCAAAGCUGGAGCAGUGGCUGGGGAGGUUCUCGCCGCUGUUCGGACUGUCAUUGCCUUUGGUGGACAAGAUAAAGAGAUCCAAAGGUAUGAAAAGAAUUUAGAAGAAGCCAAAAGGAUAGGGAUCAAGAAAGCCAUCUUAGCUAACGUGUCUAUUGGAUUUGCUUACUUAAUAAUAUACGCCUCCUACGCAUUGGCAUUCUGGUAUGGUACCAGACUAAUUCUAGCUAAAGAGUUCUCUAUCGGAAAUGUGCUCACAGUGUUCUUUGCUGUGAUUUCUGGUCCAUUUACUAUCGGACAAGCAGCACCCAAUAUUGAAGCCUUUUCAAUUGCCAGGGGAGCAGCAUAUACAAUAUUUAAUAUUAUUGAUAAUGUACCGAAAAUAGACAGCUUUUCAACUUCAGGCUUUAAACCUGACAAGGUUACGGGAGACAUCGAAUUCAGGAAUGUGAAAUUUAGCUAUCCCUCCAGACCUGACAUUCAGGUUUUGAAAGGCUUGAAUCUUAAAGUACCUACUGGUAAGACUGUAGCCUUAGUAGGGAGCAGUGGUUGUGGCAAGAGUACAACAGUCCAGCUCAUCCAAAGGUUCUAUGACCCAGAGGAAGGCUCGAUCACUAUUGAUGGGCAGGACAUUCGCAAUCUAAAUACCAGGUACUUAAGAGAGAUGAUUGGGGUGGUGAGCCAAGAACCCAUUCUGUUUGACACCACGAUUGCUGAGAAUAUCCGCUACGGCCGGGAAGAUGUCACGAUGGAGGAAAUUGAACGAGCCACCAAGGAAGCAAAUGCCUACCACUUUAUCAUGAAGCUUCCCGACAAAUACGAGACCCUGGUGGGAGAGAGAGGAGCGCAGUUAAGUGGGGGCCAGAAGCAGAGGAUCGCUAUCGCACGGGCGCUGGUUCGCAACCCCAAAAUUCUCCUUCUUGACGAAGCCACCUCUGCGCUGGACACUGAGAGUGAAUCCGUUGUACAGGCAGCUCUGGAUAAGGCUAGGGAAGGCCGGACCACCAUCGUCAUUGCCCACCGCUUGUCAACAAUUCGAAAUGCAGACACUAUUGCUGGAUUUCGUGAGGGUUUUAUUGUGGAGCAAGGAAGCCACAGUGAACUCAUGCAGAGAGAAGGAAUUUACUAUAAACUGGUCACCAUGCAGUCAUUAGAAGCAGAGAAAGACAAAGAGGGUUAUGAAGAAGAUAACUCUAAAGACAUUGAAGAAUCUGCAGUAUACACUGCCACAAAACUAGUGAGAAGGAAAUCAAGUCGCCUUGGCAGCUUUAAGAAAGCACCAGAGAAGGAAGACGAAGCGGACGAGAAAGACGAUGACGAUAAAGAUGAGGCUGUUAAGAUGCCACCGGUCUCUUUUCUAAAAAUUAUGAAGCUGAACAAGUCGGAGUGGCCGUACUUUGUGGUUGGUGUCAUUAGCGCAAUUAUCAACGGUGCCACACAGCCAGCGUUUGCCAUUAUAUUCUCCAAGAUUAUCGGGCUGUUUGCAGGCCCGGCCGAGGAGAUGGAAGCCAAAAGCGCCAUGUAUUCUCUGUUAUUUCUGGCAAUCGGAGGUGUCUGUUUUGUGACAUAUUUCCUUCAGGGAUUCACAUUUGGGAAAGCAGGAGAGAUUCUCACAAUGAGAAUCAGACUGAUGACCUUCAAGGCAAUGUUAAGACAGGAAAUGGGCUGGUUUGAUGACAAGAAGAACAGUACCGGGGCUUUAACCACACGACUGGCUACUGAUGCAUCACAAGUUCAGGGGGCCACUGGGUCCAGGCUGGCCUCGCUUUCUCAGAACAUGGCAAACUUGGGCACUGCAACUAUAAUAUCUUUUAUUUAUGGAUGGCAAUUAACCCUGCUAGUCUUGGUUAUUGUGCCAGUCGUUGCUUUCUCUGCUCUGCUACAAAUAAAGGCAUUUGCCGGGCAUGCACAGAAAGACAGCCAGGAACUAGAAGUGGCUGGAAAAAUCGUCACCGAUGCUGUGGAAAACAUCCGCACUGUUGUCUCUCUAACACGAGAGAGGAAGUUUGAGGCCAUGUAUGAUGAAAAAUUAGUAUUGCCCUACAAGAAUGCCAUUAAAAAAGCGCACAUCCAUGGGCUGACCUUCGGGGUGUCUCAGGCGAUCAUGUUCUUCGCCUAUGCGGCGUGUUUCCGCUUCGGUGCGUGGCUGAUAAUAAAUGGACACAUGACUAUGGAGAAUGUAUUCCUGGUGUUCUCAGCCAUUGUAUUCGGGGCUAUGGCUUUGGGUGAGGCCAGUUCACUCACUCCAGACUACGCUAAAGCAAAGAUGUCAGCGGCUCAAAUAUUCCACCUGCUGGAGAAGGAGCCCCUCAUAGACAGUUAUAGCACCGAUGGACAGAGGCCUCCACAGUGUGAUGGGAAUGUCACGUUCCGGGGGGUCCAGUUUAAUUAUCCGUCAAGACCAGAUGUGCAGGUGCUGCAGGGUCUGGACAUCAGUGUGAAGAAAGGGGAAACCCUGGCGCUAGUGGGCAGCAGCGGGUGCGGGAAAAGUACCACUGUCCAACUGCUGGAGAGAUUCUACGACCCACAAAUCGGAGAAGUGAGUGUAGACGGCUGUGAUGUGAGGAGAGUGAACAUCCAGUGGCUCCGAGCCCAGAUGGGCAUCGUGUCCCAGGAGCCCAUAUUGUUUGACUGCAGCAUAGCGGAGAACAUUGCCUAUGGAGAUAACAGCAGGACGGUGCCACAAGAAGAGAUUGAACGAGCAGCCAUAGGGGCCAAUAUCCAGAGCUUCAUUGAAGCCCUCCCAAAUAAAUAUAACACGUCUGUUGGAGAUAAGGGCACCCAGCUCUCCGGGGGUCAGAAGCAGCGGAUCGCCAUUGCCCGAGCUCUUGUGCGUCAACCCAAAAUCCUACUUCUGGAUGAAGCCACAUCUGCUCUGGAUACAGAGAGCGAAAAGGUUGUACAAGAAGCUCUGGACAAAGCGCGGGAGGGCCGCACGUGUAUUGUGAUUGCCCACCGGCUAUCCACCAUCCAGAAUGCAGAUAAAAUAGCUGUGAUCCAGAAUGGGAGAGUCGUAGAACAGGGGACACAUCAACAGCUGCUGCAGCAGAAAGGGGUCUAUCACUCGCUGGUCACAAUACAGCUGGGACCCGCAUGAGGUGGACACAUGGCCAGACGUUAUACUACCUGACUUAUCAGAGGAUGGGUUACCUUUACUGAUUCAGAUUAUUUAAUUUUGAAUCUAAAGGCCAGUUAUUUGGACAAUAUUUGUGUAUCAGGGACAAUUAGGACCAAGCAAAGUACAUACAGUGUCUAUUCCUCCAACACCUGACAGCAAAAUGCAUCAUUUUGACCAAAGAGAUGUAUCAGCCAUAAGAGUAAAUUGGUUAUGUGAGUGCUUACUUCUCUGGGGCACAUAUGUUGCUUUCUAAUCUGGAUAUUGUUGAUGGCAUCUGAUCUCCUGUCUUCAGAGUGAGAGAGAUUUUCCAGCCCUGACACAUAGAGAGGUGAGACCCAAGUUCUGUAAUGGAAUGUGGUCAGCAUCCCAGCAGUUGUGAUGCCAGAAUAACGACACCACUCAGAAACCCGGCGACAUCUCGAGGGUAAUUAUCUGGGUGCCGGUUAGGAUUAGGCACUAGAGGGGGGUUAGCCAUAGCUGCCAUCCCCUUGAGUCUUAACCCUAGCCGCCACACUCACUGUCUUAGCCCUAACCUUCACCCCAGGUGACUUAGGGUUAGGGUAGAGGACAGGGGAGGGUAAAAUAAUUACCCUGUCCCCUGUCGGCAUUUAAAUUGUUGGGAUGCUGGUGUCGGUCAUGUCACCCCCAGCAUACCGACUGCCAGUCUUCUAUAUCACACCCCUCCAAAUAAGCCCAAUUUAGGAACAUUCUCUAUUUUGGUGUAACAAAGAAAUGGGCUAGUAAAGGUGAACAUUGCGGUAUACAAAGCUAAACUUGUAGUAAUUAAUCUCUUUACAUUUCAGGCUGUAAGUAGUUAUAAUCUAAAUAAUAAGUCUAUAGUACUGUAUAUCCUUACAAUAAAUACUAUAUCUGCUUAGCUCUUAACUGAUAUCUAUCUAUCUAUCUAUCUAUCUAUCUAUCUAUCUAUAUAUAUAUACACAGUACGCAAACACACACACUGCGACCAAUCAUCUUAUAUAAUAAAAUGAUAACGCUGCUGCUCACCUCUAUGGAGGGGAAUUCAAAUGUUUUGUCCGCCGCCACUAGAUGACGCCCGACAGAGCAUUUCAGUUGUUGCUGGAUGCGCACAACCGCUAGCGCUGGCAUUACUAUGCUGUUGUUCCGUCAUUUUGAUGUGCUGAUAACUAGUGCAGUAUAAAGUGUAUAACGUUUGAUUGCAGAUAAAUGGCUUUUCUGAGACAAUAACUUAUUUGCCCUUAGUACUAUUGUGAAUUAUCAUUUUUUCUAACAAGAAGGUGAGCUCAGUUACCCUACAGUAUAUAAGAGUAUGGGGACAUCCCUUCUAAUUCAUGUGUAACUUCAGCCAAACCUGAAAGCAAGCAUACAGCCAGGCAAUCACACUAUUCUAACAUAUCAGCAGAAUGGCUCAUACUGAAGAGCUCAAUGACUUUCAGCGUGGCACUGUCAAAGGAUGCCACCUUUCCCAUAAGUAUAUUGGAACCCUGCCAUGAGACCCUGGAGCAGUAGUAAUGCAUCCUCUGUGUUGCAUUACUGUAUACAAGGACAUUAUAGAAAAUUCUGUGCUUCUAACUGUGGCAACAGUUUCACAAAAGCUCUCUCCUCUUACAGUAUGACACUGCUCCAUGUACAAAGUGUGGUCCAUCAAACCGUGUGGAAAACUUGUCUGGUCUGCAUAGAAUCUGUCCCCAGGUUUAUGGAACACCUUUGGGUGACCUGGGGCUUAAUUCAGACUGGAUCGCUGCAGCAGCGGUGUUUGCAGUCUGAAUCCCUAUGUGGAGUGUGCGCCUGCACACCCCGGGAACCCAAUGAGAUACUAAAAGCAUCUCAGGGCUGCGAUCGCCUCUGCCUGAUUGACAGGCAGAGGUAGUCACGGGGCUGGAGGGGGCGUGCCAACGGCGUUAGAACGCUGUUGGCGGGGCGCGGUCCAGACAACAGAGGCGUAUCCGUAACGUUGCAAGGGCAGGCCGCGGCGACUGCGUGACAUCACACGCAGCUGCUGCAACCCGGGACACGGAGAGUAAUGGUCUGCCAGUGCGCAGGAGCUGCGUUGGCAGGGAGCUAAUCGCCGGGUGCAAAAGCAUUGCCACCGUGUGAGGCUUUUGCGCCCUUGCAUGUUGGGAGCCAGACUAGCCCUGUGCUGGACGUCCCCCCGCAUCUCUGAGUAAAUGAUCGUAGAUGUGCUAAAUUUAGCACAUCUACUAUCAAAUCUGAAUUACCCCUCUGGAACAUUAUAUGAGCCUAGCCUUAUCACCCAGCAUCAGUUGUCACCCUCCGCAUGGUUCAUGGCUAAACUGAUGCAUUUUCCUAAAUGUAGCAGAGCACCUUCCAAGAAGGGUGGCAGAUGUUAUAGCAGCAAGGGGGAGCAACUCCAUAUUAAAGUCCAUGCUGUGGUAGCUCUUGUGGUUCAGGGUGUCAGUCACUCUGGAAAAGUUGCUUGUUAGGGAUCUAGCAAAAAAGGCCCAAUCCAUUUCACUUCCUGCUCCAUGUUUGACAGCUGGUGUUACACACUGAAGAUCUGUCCUUUCGCCUUCUCCAGGGCUUACAGAAACCAAAGAUUUCACAUUUUUAUUAAUCUUUUUAUAAGACCUUCUUCCAGUCUUCAGUAGUCUACAAUGAAGUAAUGCUUCAUUGGCCAGACAAGCCUCUUUUUCUACUUUGCCGUCUGCGUAAUGGCUUUCUUACUGCCACACUUUCAGACUCGCUGCUUGAAGUCUUCUCUUUACAUAAGACUUGCUUACUUUAACCAGUGAUAAGUUGUGCUUGAAGUUGUUCUUGUAUGAGCUACCAGCUGGUGCCUCGGAAACUUGUCUUCUGAUUCUGUCCUGGCUUUAGGUCAGCCAAACCUCAUCCUGCCAGUAUAUUUUCCAGUUCCUAAAUGCUGCAGAAAACUGUUCUCACAGACGCCUUGGCUUUCUUGCCAUUUUGUUAAGACUUACAUUUUUAUGUGUUAUAAAGGUCUGUCUGUCUACCUUUGGUAAUUGCCUUAAUCUUCCCAUUGUGAUAGCAGUAUAAUGUUUUUUGUAGUGCAGAAUUAGCCAAAUAAGGAUGUAAUACAGUCUGUUCCAUCACAGACAGAGGGGUCAGUUUACUAAAGCUUCUAAGACAGAGAAUUGGUGAUGUUGUUUAUAACAACUAGUCAGAUGCUAUCAUUUUCUAAAAGGCAAUAGAGAAACUAUAGACAGCAUUUCAUUGGUUGCUAUGGAGAACAUCACCAAUUCUCUGUUUUAGAACCUUUAGUAAAUUUACCCGAUAGGGUUUGUAAUCAAGUGAUCAACAGAAGUUGGGACACCUGUAGGAAUUGUUUGCAUCAUCUUUCAAGGAUCACUUUACUUCCAUUGCUGCAGAACAGCCGUAAGUUAUUAACCCAUUACUUGUUGCUUGAAAAAGUUUUUUUUUAUACUGUAACUCUGAAAUUUAUAUUAUUUUUUUAAAGUUUCCGUAAUCUAAACUUUUAUUAACCUCUCGCAGUUUACCAUUUACCUUUGUACUGUUUCAGGUUAUUUGCUAGACUUGAAUUGUUUACAUUUCAAUAAAAACUGCAGUAAAUACUGGUGUUCUAAAACUGUUGACCAGUAGUGUAAGCAGGAAACAUCGACCGUGGUCACUUGAUGGCUUGUAGCUCCAGUCCUUCCUGUAGUCCAGAUUUCAAUCCACUUGUUGAAAUACAGUAGCUGUCAUCAUUAUCCACGGACAUUUGCAGCAGCCCUGUCCAUGGUAAGCGAGAUCUGGUAUCAGACAUCUGCAGGGAGUGCUAUAGAAGAUCUACAAUGAUGUCUAGGUCAAUAGUUAUUAGGUCGACCCCAUAUGGUUGAAAUGCAUUAGGUCGACACUGGCAAAAGGUUGACAUGUAUUAGGUCGAUACUGACAAAAGGUCUACACAGGAAAAGUUCGACAUGGGAAAUGGCUUACACAAAAAAUGUUUUUUUUACUUUUUUUUGUUUCGUUUCACUGUCAGAGCACAGAGAAUGCUGCAGGCAAGAUGCCUCGCUCCUCUACCGCUGCACUCUGCACAGGUUACUAUUCACAAUUGUAGUCCACGUGGAUGGUUAAAUAUGAAAAAGGUGUAAAAAAGGUAAAAACCCUUAAAAAGUUUUAUCGACAUGUUUCGAGCAUUGCGAUGUUGACCAUUUGAAUCUGUCGACCUUUUGUAACUGUCGACCUUUUUCAGUGUUGGCUUCUUGCCAGCAUUGACCUAAUGCAUGUCAACCUUUUUUCAGUGUUGACCAUAUGGGGUCAACCUAAUGACUGUCGACCUAGACAUCGUCUGUCUAUAUAUAGGAACCCACAUCUGCACGGUGCAAAACAUUGCAAGAUCCAUGUACCAGCCCCAGUACGACUAUACAUGUAUUACCACUUCCCUGUGCUGGCUUACUAUCUAUCAGUGUUUUCUUUAUUUAUUUUUUCCUGUUGUUUAUUUCUUUUUCGCUUUUUCACAUAUUUGUUUAUAUUCCUUUUUCUUUUUCCUGAUUAAUCUCUCACUCUCUCUAUCUUUCCUCUCAUUCCCCUGUUUCUGAAUGAUUUCCCUCCUUCCCGUGAGUCUCUGACUGGGCUUAUCUCGCUAAGCUUAUCAACUUAACACCACCUUUCCUUCUGUCAAGGAAAAUAGAUACAUGUCAAAGCAAACAGAUGUCAUCUUGUCAGGUCAGCAUGCAGCACCAGGGUUUACAUUCUGCUUUCCACUAUAAACUGUCUAUUCAAAUAGAGUGCCCCCCUCAUUCUGAGUCCUUUUACUGUAUCUGUGUCCUGAUAGGCCCUCAAUGUAAGGGGGCUGUCAUCUGUGGCAUACUGUAACUUAGCUAAUGGCCUGUACAUACUUACUUAAACGAUGUUUCUUGGUAACAUAUCAUCAGCUAAUUUCUGUCAAUCAAUAUAACAGAUUAUUUUGCCUGGACAACCCCCAUUAAGGGUAGUCUUUGUAUUAACCUUAAUUUCUGUCAAUCAUAUUGUACUUUCUGCAGUGUAAAACCCCAUGAGCAUACAACUUGAGGUUACUGCUACUCAGCCUGUGGUAGCGGACCUGCUGGAUUGAAUAAACUUUAUAACUCUUUUCCAAAACAAACAAAACCUGAAUAUACUUUAUCACUUCGCUUUGACGUUUACGCUCUCUGGUUUCUUACUUUAUCUUUCCUGUCAUUUUUGUGUCCUAAUAAAUGAAAAAUAUUAAUUUACA